AUCUUCAUUCCCUCUCUGGUACACUUCAUACGGGUGUCACGAGCACCGUUACCCCAAGUCUCUCUCAGCUGUCGCUGGCCAUGAGAAUGCACGGAUGCACUCCACCAAAUAGUGUCCUGCAAAUGAUGGUCCUUACUGCACAAGGAUGUGAUAUCAUAGCGUAAGGGUGUUAACGCAUACAGCCACAGGAAGACAUGAAUGUAUGGGGUAAAAUAUGUGCCAAAGAAUUAUAGAGCUUUUAAAAAUAGAAUUCGAUUGACUUAAACUGCGAUAAAGAAUGCAUCGGUUGGGGUGAUGACCAUGACGUCAUGCCACCGCAUCAUAUUCGUACCACUCUCCACUCUAAACGUCCAUACACCCUUCGGCCUGACCAUACACCAUCUGUUAAAUUCAGUCAAUAUGCCUCCGAAACGCGUAAGGAGGACCGCAUCCACGACUCAGAAACCACCAUCCCCGCCACUCUCCGAAAAGAACGCCCCAGUGGCGGAUGAGAAUGUCGAAGUUGAGGCACCAGACGUACAGGAAAGAGGCUCGAUGGGUAGUCCACGAAACCCUCGCCACAAUGAGCCACCCAUGAUAAUGGACGAAGAUGAAGAGAUGCCGGAAGAAUCGGGAGACACUGUCCAACCUGCGAGGCCUGAAUAUGCCGGAGGGGCGGGAAGAUAUAACAUGCUCAAAUCCUACAAAGGACAGGUCUACUCGGGCAUGGCAGUGGGAGGAUCUCAUACUUGGAAUUAUGAUCAAGGCGUGUGGAAAGAAACGAAGGAGGAACCAGAUUUAUGGCGGAUCGAUUAUCAGACCAAUAAGAGACGAGUGAGGAAGGCACCGGAGGGAAGCGGCGCUCCUGUCGGGACGGAGUAUCACUGGCUCAUUGUAGCACACCAGUUUGUCAAGAAGAUUGAUGCCAACACAUAUGAGACAAACCUCACUGGGUCCAAAUAUAAGUUGGCUUACAAGUCCGCCUCGUCCAACUCAUGGUCUGUUCCCACCGUCAAGAAACAACGUGACCGAGAAGUCGAACUGCUAGAGGAUGCCAAGCAGCGUGUUCAAGGCCUGCCUCCGGUGCUGGCAUCGGAGAAAGUAAAAGUUGCGAAACCCGAGAAAGGGCAGCAGAAAUUGGACAGCAUGUUCACCAAAGCUGCCAGUGGUGUUAGUAAGAAAAGGAAGCUAGGUGAGGACAGCGGAGGAUGAAGCUGACUUCAAAUAGUGUGCCACACACCUUGAUAGUAGUUGUAAAUUGUAUACUAUGUCUCGAAGUGGUUGUUGAUGGAUACUUUUCCUUCAUCCCCACUUACGUGUUAAGCUGAUUUGCUUUAGAGAUUGGAUCGCCCUUGAGUACUCAUCAUGGGAGUGUACUGUGGAUAGCACGGAACUUUCGUGUAGCUCUAUUCAAUGUGACUCCAGGUUAGUUGUUCUAAUGAAGAACAUAUCAUCCGACACCAUUCGAAAUAGUUGAUCAAAGGGAAUGGUGAAGCCUGUCAGCCUAUACCAUGAUAUGUGUCUAGACACCACCAGAUAUCCAGAGUUUAUACUGCCUCACGUGGCAGUCUAAUAACUGCCUCGUGCCGCGUCUAGCAUCGUACAGCAGCCCGAAAUGAUGUGAUCUACGGCCGAUCUGAAAAGCCACAUAACCUUCCCUUCGGGUAGCACAU